CUUCGGUUUCAGAGUAGGACUAGGAAGGAAAUAAAACAAUAAUGAACGUGGGUAAUGACCAUUCUAAAUACAGCACUGUCUGCCUUCAAUUCCUGCUCCGAGUUGCUGCAAAGAAACUGAGCCACCGCUGCGCCAUCCCCUGGCUGCCGGGAAAAGACCUUGUUUGUCACUUUCACUUUCGUUUGUCUCGGUUAGGGAGGGAGAAGCCAGGCUUUGCUGAGUUGAAGAGGAUCCUCGGUGGGGUUGUCGUAACCCUUGAGGCGCUUGUGUCUUUGCGUUAGAGACCCAAGUUCAGGUGAGGCUUUGAUUUCCCCUUGGAAAAGAACAUUAAUUUUCUUUCGGGGUGGUGCUGCAAGUGAACAAUAUCGCAUUUUAUCCUUACAAGCAAUAACACAACGUGGAAUAAAAGGAGCAGAAUGAGUGCCUCAAAGAGCCUUCCUGAGAUCGAUGAGGACCUGUACUCUCGCCAAUUCUAUGUUCUGGGCUACAAGGCCAUGCAGAAGAUGGUGGGAGCAUCUGUGCUGGUCUCUGGAAUGAAGGGCCUGGGGGUGGAGAUUGCCAAGAACGUCAUCCUUGCAGGAGUGAAAUCUGUCACUGUCCAUGACCAGAGUGAGACUCAGUGGAGUGACCUUUCUUCACAGUUUUAUCUGUCGGAGAAUGACAUGGGGCAAAACCGAGCUCUGGUCUCCCAGUGCCGCCUUGCACAACUGAACGCACAUGUCCCUGUGCAUGCCUAUACCAAUGGGCUGUCUGAGAGCUUCUUGUCUACUUUCCAGGUUGUGGUCCUGAGUAACUCACCCUUGGAGGAGCAGCUGCGAAUCAGUGAUUUCUGCCACACCAAGAACAUUUGUUUUGUCCUAGUUGACACCAAGGGCCUGGCUGGGCAACUUUUCUGUGAUUUUGGAGAACACUUCAUUGUGCACAAUCCUUCAGAGGCUGAACCUGUCUCUGCUGCCAUUCACCACAUCACCCAGAGUAACCCUGGCAUAGUGACUGUGGCGUGUGACAAUGAGGAGAGACAAGGCCACCACUUUGAGGAUGGUGACUGGGUGAAAUUCUCCGGGGUUGAGGGGAUGACAGAACUCAACACCUCCAAGCCCUGCCUCAUCCGUGUGAAAGGAACCUGCAGCUUGGAAGUUGGAGAUACGUCUUCUUUUUCUCCAUACAAAUGCGGUGGGAUCAUCACCCAAGUCAAGAUACCUCAAAAACACUCCUAUGAAUCCCUGCGUACCUCCAGGGCUAAUCCUAAAAUCAGAAUCCCGGAUAAGGGGAAACUACCUCGCUGUCGCUCCCUCCAUGCUGCCUUCUGGGCACUGCAUGUCUUCCAGCGGGAGAUGAAGCGGCUGCCUAGGCCCAGGAAUCAGGCAAAUGCAGACAAGAUGGUGAAACUGGCACAGACUGUCUCUUUGAGCAAGGAGGAGGAACUGCAAGAAGACCUGGUGCGGACAUUUUCCUACGGAUGUUCUGGUGACCUGAGCCCUAUCAAUGCCUUCAUCGGAGGCCUGGCUGCCCAAGAGGUGCUGAAGGCUGCGUCAGGGAAGUUCACUCCUUUGGACCAGUGGCUGUACUUUGAUGCUUAUGAAUGUCUGCCUGAAGAGGAAAAUACCGUGCAGCUGACUGAGGAAGACUGUGCUCCACGUGGCAGCCGCUAUGAUGGGCAGAUUGCUGUCUUUGGGAAUACCUUCCAGGAAUGGCUUGGGAAGCAGAAAUACUUUGUGGUGGGAGCUGGUGCCAUUGGCUGUGAGCUCCUGAAGAAUUUUGCCAUGAUUGGCUUGGCUGCUAGCGAGGGUGGGAGCAUCACUGUGACGGACAUGGAUACCAUUGAAUAUUCCAACCUCAACAGGCAGUUCCUCUUUCGACCAGGGGAUGUGUCAAAGCAGAAGUCAGAAGUGGCAGCAGCUGCCGUAAAACUCAUGAACCGCCACAUCAAUGUAUCAGCACAGCAGAACCAGGUUGGACCAGACACAGAGCACUUCUAUGGGGAUGACUUCUUCCUUGGCUUGGAUGGCGUUGCCAGUGCCCUGGACAGUCUGCAAGCCAGAAAAUACUUGUGCCAAAGGUGUGUGCAGUACCGCAAGCCUCUGCUUGAUUCCGGAACGGAAGGCACCCGGGGCCACGUCCAGGUCUUUGUGCCCUUUCUGACAGAGUCCUUUGGCCAAGCUCAGGAGGAGGAAGAGACGCAGUACCCUCUCUGCACCCUGCGCCACUUCCCCAGCACCAUCCAGCACACACUACAGUGGGCCCGAGAUCAGUUUGAGGGACUUUUCAAGACAAAAGCAGAAAACGUCAACACAUUCCUGAAGGAUCCCAGCUUCCUAGAGUCCCAAGAAAUGGAGGCUGUCAAGAUGCUGGAGUCAGUGCGCAUCAGCUUUCAGGAGAAGCCAUGCAACUGGAGAGACUGUGUGGUCUGGGCUCGGAGACUUUGGGAGUGCCUUUUCUCCCAUGACAUCCAGCAGCUGCUGCAUAACUUCCCACCUGAGCAUGAGACCAGCUCUGGACUUCCUUUCUGGUCAGGGCCCAAGCGAUGCCCACAACCGCUGAAAUUUGACAGCAGUCAUACCACCCACAAGACCUUCAUUUUGGCUGCCAGUCACCUCUUUGCCAAUACCCACAAGCUGUGUGUGAGUGAGGAUGAUUCUGUCACUUCCCAAGUCCUCUUUGGCUCGCAUCUGCCACCUUUCCAGCCACUUCAGGGAGUGCAUAUCCCCCUCACUGACCAAGAAAUGCAGAAUCCACAAGACUCUGUUGAUGAGACGGAGGUGGGGGAGCUGAGGAAGGAACUGGCAGCACUGAGGCAAGAGCUGGAAGAGCAAAAUUCCCUCAUGUCUAAUGCUAUGGAGCCCAUUCACUUUGAGAAGGGGAACGACAUUCACUUGAACUUUGUCAUGACAGCAGCCAAUCUGCGAGCUGAGAACUAUGGCAUCCCUCCGGCUGAUAAGCUCCAGGCGAUGAGGAUCGUGGGGAGGAUCGUGCCUGCCAUUGCCACAACCACAACAGCUGUAGCUGGUCUGGCGUGCUUGGAGCUUUACAAGCUGGUGUGGCGACACAGGCGCCUGAGCUCCUAUCGCAACAGCUUCCUGCAGCUCUCAGAGCCCCUGCUCAAUCGCUUCCAGCCUCUCUCCUCUCGACCAAUAUACAAGUAUCACCAGAAAGCAUGGAGCUGCUGGGACAGAAUUGAGGUGCCAGGUGUCGAUGCCGAGGGAAAGGAGAUCACCUUGAGAGACCUCUGCAAACACCUCCAGAUGGAGCAUUCCUUGGUGCUGGAGAUGCUACUAUAUGGGAAAGCUCUUCUGUACGCUGGCUUCUGCGAAGAAAAGGCAAAAGAGCAGAAGCUAUCCAGCAGACUGACGGAACUGGUUCGCUGUGCCACCAAAGAGGCUCUAUCCAAGGAGUGCCGGCUCUUGGUGUUGGAAAUAGUCUGUGAAGAUGAAGAGGAUGAUAGCAUCUUACCGCCUGUUCAUGUCUGGCUCCGACCGAGGGAUCCAACCAAUGAGGAGUAAAGGGAACUGUGGAUAUGUGUAAUACAAUGGAAACCUUUGGACUGGAUAACUGCAAUCUGCUGGAUGUGGAGCUGCCCUUGAGGAUGGUCUGGAAGCUGCCGCUGAUGCAAAAUGCAGCUGCUUGGCUGCUCACUGGGGCAGGAUACCACCAACACAUUACCCUGCUGUUCAGAGAAUUGCUCUGCCUGCCAGCUAGUUUCCAGACUAAGUUCAAGGUGCUGGCCUUGGUGUGUAUAGCCCUAUGCAACUUGGGACCAGGAUACCUGCAAGAUCGUCUAAUCCAUGGGUAGUCAAACUAAGGCAUGGGGGCUGGAUCCAGCCCAAUCGCCUUCUAAACCUGGCCCGUUGAUGGUCCAGAAAUCAGCAUGUUUUUACAUGAGUAGAAUGUGUCCCUUUAUUUAAAAUGCAUCUCUGGGUUAUUUGUGGGGCAUAGGAAUUGGUUCUUUUUUUCCUUUCAAAAUAUAGUCCACCCCCAUACCAGGUCUGAGGAACAGUGGACUGGCCCCCUGCUGAAAUAAUUUGCUGACCCCUGGCUAGUCUCAUCCCUUAUAUACUUGGCUGAUCAUUGCGCUGUGCAGGCGAAGACUUCCUGUGACUGCCUUCUUAUCUGGAGAUUCACAAUGUAUGAGUUGGGCAUAGGAGCCAACUCCUAGGGGCCAAGGUCCCUCUGCCCUCCCCCCAAUAAAAUAUUUGAGGGAGCCAAGCCCUUCCCCAAAGUUAAUGGACUUUGCCAUUCAAAUGAUGUGCAUGUACCACAUCAUUUAAUUGAUUAUGCAGGAUGGGACCUACCUGACCCCCCAAAAAUAUUUUAUUCAAGUUGGCACCCCUGGAAUUGGGUCUUAAAGUGGUGGCACCAGCUCUUUGGAAUUCGCUCCUCUUGGAUGUUAGGCAGAGGCAGCCUCUGUUGUUGUUUUGCUGCCUACUGAAGACCUUCCAGCAAGGGUUUUAAGCUGGAAGCUUUCCCAGUCUGUUUCUAUGUUGGAAUUGUUUUUUCAAAUGUUCUUGUUGUCUUGCCAUUUGUUGUCUGGCACCCUGGGCUCCUUUGCGAGGAAGGGCAGGAUGCAGAUUAAUUUAAUAAAUGUGGGUAAUAUAUGGAAUGAGUAA